AUGGAGUUAUGGAAUCACAAAAUGAAAGGAGAAGAUAUAGCUGCCUAUACAGCUCGAUUUCAUGAGUUGGCAAAUCUAGUGCCACACCUAGUGACGCCAGAGGAAGUCCGCGUUGAAAGGUGCCAUCUCGGGGAUCAUACAGCUAAGGAUUGUCGGAAGCGAUUGUGCUUUGAUUGUGGAAGUCCAGAUCAUAUGAGAAACGUUUGUCCAAAAAGUAAACAAGGAACCAAUGCAGGCCAAGCUCGAACGAUCAGUCAAGGAAACCCAGACAGUCAGACACGGGGCAGAGCGUUUGAAAUCGGGGCCAGAGAAGCUAGAAAUGAUCCCAAUCUAGUCUCAGGAGCGGAUAGAAGUUUUGUAUCCCUGGACUUUAAGCAGAAGAUUAACCUAAAAUCCCAGAGGCUGAAAGAAGCUUAUGUAGUUGAGUUUGCCAAUGGCCAAGAAUUUAAGGCUAGAAAUAUAAUCAAGGAUUGUACAAUAAGUUUAGCCAAUAAGGAUUUUAGCAUAGACCUUAUUCCUUUCGAGUUAGGAAGCUUCGACAUAGUUGUAGGCAUGGAUUGGCUAUCCGAAAAUCAAGCUGAAAUUGUCUACUCAGAGAAG